CCUGAAGCUGGAAUGUGAGAAGCUGGUGAGUGAGAAGACAGAGAUGCAGAGACAUUAUGUCAUGUACUAUGAGAUGUCCUACGGGCUGAACAUUGAAAUGCACAAGCAGGCAGAGAUUGUCAAGAGGCUGAGUGCCAUCUGCACCCAGAUUAUACCCUUUCUGACGCAGGAGCACCAGCAGCAGGUCGUUCAGGCUGUGGAGCGGGCCAAGCAGGUGACCAUGGGGGAGCUGAACAGCAUCGUCGGGCAGCAGCAGCUUCAGCACCUCUCCCACCACACAUCCCUCAUCCCACUGACACCCCACGCCUCCAGCAUGCAGCCUUCCAGCCUGAGUGGGGUCAGCGGCGCCUCCGGGCUCCUGGCCCUCUCAGGAGCAUUGAUGGCACAGUCUCAGCUG